AUGGCCUGUCUUCCCAAGCGCCACCAUGGCAUCACACUGGCCAUUGUAGCAGCAACGCUACUACUUGGCGCCGCGUCAGGAUUCCGCUACACCGUCGGCGACUCAAUCUGGUCCAUCCCGCCCACCUCCGACUUCUACUCCCGCUGGUCCUCCGCCCACGCCUUCUACGUCGGAGACUCUCUCGCUUUCCAGUUUGCUACGGAGUUGUUCAACGUGGUACAAGUGCUGAGGCACGACUUCGAGAGCUGCAUCGCCAACGCUCCCUUGCAGGUCUUCACCAUCGGUCCUGCCGUCGUCGAGCUAUCUCACGCGGGCGUUUUCUACUACAUUUGCAACGUGUCCAAUUACUGUGAUCUCGGCCUCAGACUCGCCGUCGUCGUACACCAGAGGCCGCCCGCCGCUCCACCACUAAUUAUACCAUCAUCCCCUGCUUCCCCGCCAAGAUUCUCACCGCCUCCGCCGCCGCCUGUUCCGCCUCAUGCGCCCAUUUCUCAGCCAUCCCCAUAUCCAGGACUAGCGCCAGAACCAGCUGGGGACGUAGAGAACAACAGCUCGCUAUCUCCAGCACCUGGAGACGAGAUUACCAGUAAUUACUCAAAUGGAGCCGACAGGAUGGGAGAUCGGCAUGUAAUCGGGUUGUUGUUGGUUGGAAUCUUGAUUAUGUAA